CGGGCGGCGGGUCGGGUCCCGAAAGAGAAAAAACCCUCGCAAUGGCUGCUAAGCGAGCCCUGGUCAUCCUGGCGAAAGGGGCUGAGGAGAUGGAGACGGUCAUCCCCGUGGACGUGAUGAGGCGAGCUGGCAUCAAGGUCAUUGUUGCCGGCCUGGCCGGGAAGGACCCUGUGCAGUGUAGCCGUGAUGUGGUCAUCUGCCCUGACGCCAGCCUGGAAGAUGCGAGAAAGCAGGGCCCCUAUGACGUGAUCGUCCUACCAGGAGGUAACCUGGGUGCACAGAAUCUAAGCGAGUCGGCCGCCGUGAAGGAGAUCCUGAAGGAGCAGGAGCAGAGGAAGGGCCUCAUCGCGGCCAUCUGUGCAGGUCCCACGGCUCUGCUGGCUCACGAGAUCGGUUUUGGAAGCAAGGUUACAACGCACCCACUUGCUAAAGACAAAAUGAUGAAUGGGAGUCAUUACAGCUACUCGGAGAGCCGCGUGGAGAGGGAUGGCCUGAUUCUUACCAGCCGCGGCCCAGGGACCAGCUUCGAGUUCGCACUGGCCAUCGUCGAGGCGCUGCGUGGCAAGGAGGUGGCCGAUGAAGUGAAGGCCCCGCUUGUGCUCAAGGAUUAGUAUAGAUGCGUGCACGGAGAGGGCGCGAGAGCCAGGCCUCUUUGUGGUCGCUGAAGACAGCGGGUCGUGUCUGAAGUCCUGGCCGCGCACACCGCUCGGCCUGCGUGUGUCCGUACAUUUCGUAGCUUUGCACAAUAAAUGGCGCUUAGCACGUG